CUAUAUAUACAAUCUCUCACCAACUUUUAUUCCUCACCAGUUUCUUAUAUUUCUCCUUUUUGUAAUUGUCCUUGUUGGUGCAAGAAAAUGUUCAUGAUAGUGUUUGAUCCGAAUUAAACUUUUUAAUUUUAGAGAGGGAAGGAGCGAGUAGAGAGAGAGAUGGAUAACUCUAUUGGUGCAGGGUUCGUGGCUGUUUUUGCUGUAUCUGGAAGCGUGGUUCUUCUUGCCCACCAAGUCCACAAACGCCUUCUCUCUGAUUUUAUGAAGAAUAUUGAAUCUGAAUUAGGUGGUUUCCUCUCUCCCCACAAAAGAUCGGCUUCUGGAGGAUCUGAGAAAGUGCAAACCAAGAAGAGUGUUAGAUUUGCAGAGGAUGUUGUGGAACCAUCAUCAAACAACAAAGAGUUCCGCAAGAGGAGAUGCAGUAAUACUUCAAAGCAGGCCAAAGAGGGUUACGGGAAUUAUAAAAUGGAGGACAACACCAUGCCGCUCAACAGGCAAGCUCUUUACAAAGGGAUCAUUGAAUUUAAGGCCUACAAGGGCACGCAUGCAUAUUAAAGAAUAACUGUCGUUGGUUAAAGUCGUGCAUGUCUUUCAAUUUGUAAAUACUUUCCCUUUUGGAAGAAGUUUACGGCGAGGGCAUGUGUAUAUAUUUUCCUUCUCAUAAUUACUCAUGAUGUAAUCUUUAUAUGAUGAAGAAAUUGUGAAACGAAAAUAUAUAUGUUCCGCUAUACUAAAGAUUUUGUUAUCCAUAGAUUUAGUUCCAUGGAUGUGAAAAGUCUUUUAGGUGGUGUGGCAGUAGGAAGAAGUGACUGCUUUCGUUUGAAUAAAAGGGUAAUUUGGUUGUUCAUUAGUUGACCAAAACCUAGGAAUUAUCAAAGAUGAUUCCAUAGAAAGACUAGCAUCUACUGCAGGACUCAGUCUUCGCUUGUAUAUUGACUCUGUAAUGUUUCUGUUUCUUGUACAUAAAAUGAUAGAAAUAAUACAGUCUGCGUGCAGGUUAUUUUAUAA